CUUAUUUUGCAAUUCAUCUUGAUCCAAUUUUUGUGCAAAUUUUUGUCUAAUUGAUAAAGAAGAUGAGCAAAGAUACAGCAUUAGCUAAGUUUCUCUUGAUCAUACCGUUUCUAAUUCUCUUUAACCCAACUGCAGCAGCCGAAUCUCUCUACACUUACUGCAGCAAUGAUACAAGCAACUACACUCUCAACACCCCAUUUGAAGAAAACCUCAAGCUUCUGCUUCAGGCUUUACCUUCCAACACUUCAUUAUCAGGAUUCUACAAUACCUCUAUUGGUGAAACACCAAAUGAUAAAAUCUAUGGCCAAGCACUUUGUAGAGGUGACGUAAACGCUGCAGUUUGUGAGAGUUGCAUAGUAAAGGCAAGCCAAGAAAUCUUGAAAAACUGCAAGAGUAAAGAUGCAAUCAUAUGGCGUGAUUUAUGCCAAGUCCGAUACUCAUUUCAAUCUUUUUUCUCCAUGCAAGUUUAUACUGGAAAAUAUCCAGACUGGGAUGCUCAGGAGAAAAGUAUAUCGAAUCCUGAUCAGUUCAACCAGAUUUUAAAGUACUUACUGAGUAACCUGUCAACUGAGGCUGCCUUCAAUCCUUCCAGGAGGAUGUUCGCAACAGGGGAAGUCAAGUUCUCCGCGAAACAAACAAUAUAUGGACUUGUACAGUGCACUAGGGACAUAUCAACAGGAGAUUGUAAGAUUUGUUUGGAUUCUGCUUCGGGGGAUCUUGAUGCCUGCUGUUUUGGCAAGCAAGGAGGAAUCAUUCUUAGCAGGAACUGUGACAUGAGAUUCGAGAUGUACACCUUUUAUAAUGCGUCGUCAAGUAAUUUAUUACCAAACCCAACUUCACAAGGGGACAAAAGGAAGAUUUGGAUGUAUUUACUUGUUGCUUGUAUUCCGACAAUGAUUCUUGCAAUUAUUAUUGGGUCUUGCCUUAUCUUUUUGUGGAGAAAAAAGGGAAGAGAACAAGACGAGGAGAGAGCGCAUCUCGCUUUAGUACAGGAGUUGACAACGACCCAAAAAGGUGAAUUGGUGAGUUGUGAAGAACUGCCUUUCAUGGAUUUGGACACUAUAAUAACAGCUACAGACAACUUCUCUGAUUCGAACAAACUUGGACAGGGUGGGUUCGGUAGUGUCUACAAGGGAAUUUUACCAGAUGGGAAGGAAAUAGCAGCUAAAAGGCUAUCAAGGAAGACAUGGCAAGGCCUGGAGGAAUUCAAGAACGAAAUCAUACUAAUUUCAAAACUUCAACACAAAAAUCUUGUCAGGCUCUUGGGAUGUGGCAUCAAGGGAGACGAGAAACUUCUCAUAUACGAGUUCAUGCCCAAUAGAAGCCUUGACAUGUUUAUAUUUAACUCGGAAGGACAAGCACAGCUCGACUGGAAAACACGUUACAACAUAAUCUGUGGAAUUGGCAGAGGACUUGUAUAUCUUCACGAGGAUUCCAGGCUCAAAAUCAUUCACAGGGAUUUAAAGCCUAGCAAUGUACUGUUGGAUCAUGAAAUGGUUGUCAAGAUUUCAGAUUUCGGCAUGGCAAGGAUUUUGAGCGAAACCCAGAACGCAGCCGACACUAAAAGAGUUAUAGGAACAUAUGGUUACAUGGCUCCAGAGUAUGCAAUGGCAGGACAGUUCUCAGUGAAAUCUGAUGUUUUCAGUUUUGGUGUUAUAGUUCUGGAGAUCAUAAGUGGGAAAAGGAGUAGUGGCUUUUACUUUACAGAACAUGCAGAGACACUCUUAGCUUAUGCAUGGCAUUUAUGGAAUGAAGGAAAAGAACUGGAAUUUGUAGAUCCACUGUUGAUGGAGACAUGCUCAACAGAACAAGUUGUGAAGUGCAUACAUGUUGGGUUAUUAUGUGUGCAAGAAGAUCCAUCAGACAGACCCACCAUGUCAUCUGUUGUUGUCCUAUUGGGAGAUGAAACAAUUGCCCUUCCUCAGCCCAAACAACCUGCAUUUUCUGUUGGAAGAAUAGUUCCAAUUGAUAAAUCUUCCACAGCUGAUCCAUCUCUGAAUCUUAUUACAAUCUCUGUUCUCCAUCCCAGGUGAAUAUGAUUGUCUCUGUUUGCCUAGAGAUAGUUGAACAUGAACUCAAAAAUAAUUGAACAAGUCACUUAUUUAAUAUUCA